AACGCGUAUCAAAUUACCUGUCGUUUUGAGCGCUAAAAGCUGAACCUUCCAACCAACUUCAAUCCUAUCGACGUCUUCCCUCCACCACCAAAUUCACCAGCUCACUUCUCCACUAUCCACUGUAUACCCAAACGCGGCAUCACCGUAGCUCCAAUUCCCCUUCUACGUUCUUGAGAUAUGGCAGAAGUUGAAAGUGGAUCGCCGAAGCGUACAGCGACUACACCAUAUGAAGAGGCUAUGGAUGCUUUAUCAUCUUUGAUAACGAAACGCACUCGUGCUGAUAAGAGCAACAAAGGAGAUCGGUUCGAUUUGCUUUUCGAUUAUCUAAAGAUGCUCGACUUGGACCAAGCAAUUGCAGAGAUGAAGAUCAUCCAUGUGGCUGGAACCAAAGGAAAGGGAUCCACUUGCACCUUCACAGAAUCUAUACUGCGUAACUGUGGCUUUCACACUGGGCUUUUCACAUCUCCUCACCUGAUAGAUAUUCGUGAAAGAUUUCGUUUGGAUGGUGGGGACAUUUGUGAAGAGAAAUUUUUGGCAUAUUUCUGGUGGUGUUAUGAUAGACUAAAAGAAAAGACUACUGAAGAUAUACCUAUGCCUACUUACUUCCGCUUCCUUGCCUUGCUAGCGUUCAAGAUAUUUGCAGCAGAGCAGGUAGAUGUUGCUAUUCUGGAGGUCGGGUUAGGUGGAAGGUUUGAUGCAACUAAUGUGGUUCAAACACCUAUUGUGUGUGGUAUAGCUUCCCUUGGGUACGACCACAUGGAGAUUCUUGAUCGAAUAUGUCAAUAUAUCCUUGCUGGAGUAUUAACAGGAAAUACUCUUGGUGAAAUUGCUGGGGAGAAGGCUGGUAUCUUUAAGCAUGGGAUUCCAGCCUUUACAGUGCCUCAACCUGAUGAAGCAAUGCGUGUACUUGAGGAGAAGGCUUCUAAGUUAGAUGUACCUCUUCAAGUGGCACCACCAUUAGAUUCCAACUUGCUAAACGGUUUACAACUUGGGCUUGAAGGUGAGCACCAAUAUAUAAAUGCCGGCCUUGCCAUUGCACUAGCUUCUAAAUGGCUUCAAAGAACUGGCCAUCUUGAAGUCACCUACUUUGAACAAAAUAAUUCACUGCCUGAGCAAUUUAUUAAGGGUCUAACAACAGCCUGCCUGCAAGGGCGUGCCCAAAUUGUUCCUGAUCGAUAUAUCAACACAGAGUGUGAUGGAGAUCUUGUGUUUUAUUUGGAUGGAGCCCAUAGUCCUGAAAGCAUGGAAGCAUGUGCGAGAUGGUUUUCUAUUGCCAUUAAGGAUAGCAACCAGCAAAGCACCUUCAAUUGUCCUUCACAGAACAAUUAUCAACCUGCGACUGAAUUGGUUGAGAAGCACCAUGAUGGACGACCCAAGAGCAAUUUCAUGCAGAUACUGUUGUUCAAUUGUAUGUCUGUGCGGGAUCCUCAGCUUCUUCUCCCACGACUGAUGAAAACAUGUGCUAGUCAUGGUGUCAGCUUCAAGAAGGCGCUCUUUGUACCAAAUGUAUCGGUGUAUUACAAGGUUGGAUCUCAAUCUUUGCCCCAAACAGAUGUUGAUUUGUCGUGGCAGUUUACUUCGCAAAAAUUAUGGGAAAACCUUGUCCGGGGUGAUAAAGGUGGGGAGGCCAAUAAUGCAGGACCUGUUUGUGAAGAAGUUAAAGAUGAUACAGGAACUAGUGUUAGGACUUGCGAAAACAGCGCGGUCUUUCCUUCUCUACCAUUGGCUAUUAAAUGGCUUAGGGACAACAUCCACCAGAAUCGCUCUGUUCGGAUCCAGGUCCUUGUUACCGGCUCAUUACACCUUGUGGGUGAUGUGUUGAGAUUAAUCAAGUAGAGCAUAUUCCAAGGUGUCUUGUUGCAGAAGCUCCCGCUGGAGAUAUGUGAUGGUGUAGAUGUAAGGCUGAGUGGAAGCUCCAAGUGAGUUCUCCAGUAGUUAUUUAAUUUUGACAAUUGCACUCCCCCAGCAAGCAUUAUUGUUGAAGCUGUUGACUGUUCAUGUCAAUGUACUUGGGGAGUUUGAGAGAUGUAUAAUGUUCAGUGAAUUUGCAGAAAUUUCAUCUUUUUUUAUUAUUUUUUAACGAGGGAUGCAUGAAAAAUUCUCGGAA